CUGCUGGUUACAAAUUGUGUGUGUGUGGUGGGGAUGUUUGGAUGAGAACCACCCAUUCAUGUAAUACAAAGUCAUUUUACUGGCAUGGUUAAUGUGCCCUGUGCUGUUCAAGAAAUAAUAUCGUGUUCUAAGGUAUAGACAUUUUUUUUUCUUUUUCAGGAUGAAUCCAUUGUACCUUUAAGAUUUAUGUAAGCAAUCCAGUCAGACUUAAUUCGUUUUAGGAAGUGAUAGUGAUCAAGUUUUCCUUUUUCCAAUAUAACUUGCACAUUUCAGGUUGUUCUGAAAAUGUUGCCUUGUGCUUUCUUUCCAUUUGCUCUCACCUGUCAUUGCUUCUCCAGGAUAACAGCACUUCAUCCUUCCUGCGGACUUUUCAGUUAAAUAGACUGCAAAUCUCUCCAUCUCUUCCAAUCACAGGAAGUCAUGGCAAUCAAAUCGGAGCACUCGAUUCAUGUUAUUUGUGGUGUAAAAAACCUUCAGUGAGGCUUCGCCCAGAGAAAUGAUUGUUGUUCAUAAUAUAAAGGAAAACAUGUAUGAUAGAUUAGCUUCAGGGCAUUUGACAGUAGGAAUAAUCUUCUUGUCACAGACGACAGUUGGAAUUGUGGGCAAUUUCGUUCUUCUUUAUCAUUACGUGUCCGUUUACCACACUGAACGCAGGCUGAGGUUCACCCGUUUGAUUCUCAUGCACUUGACUAUAGCCAACUCCUUGGUCAUUCUCUCUGAAGGAGUCCCCCAGACAUUGGCAGCUUUGGGAUUGAAAUCUUUUUUCACUACAUUUGCAUGCAAACUUUUUUUGUACGUUCAGAGAGUGGGCAGGGGGUUGUCCAUUAGCAGCACCUGCCUCUUGAGUGUCUUCCAGACCAUCACGAUCAGCCCGAUGAACUCCUAUUGGAAGGAUCUUAAAGUCAAAGCCCCAAACUAUGUUGGCUUCUCCAUUUUCCUCUGCUGGAAUCAUUAUGCAUUUAUAAAUUUAGUGUUUCCUCUGUAUGUGUUAUAUAUGCCUAGCCAAUGGAGCACCAAAAACAUCACACAGGAAGGAGAUUUGGGGUACUGUUUUACUAUCCAUCAGGAGGCAGUGACAGUCCUACUCUAUGCAGUGUUGAUAGUGGUCCCUGAGGUUUUAUUUUCUGUUCUCAUGAUCUGGGCCAGUGGCUCCAUGGUCUUCCUCCUGCACAGGCACAAGCAGCGGGUCCAGCACAUUCACAGCACUAAUGUCUCCCCCAGAUCCUCUGCUGAGUCCAGAGCCACUCAGAGCAUCCUUGUCCUGGUGAGCACCUUUGUGUCUUUCCACUCCCUCUCCUCCAUCUUUCAUGUUAGUGUUGCUUAUAUUGAUAAUCCCAGUUUGUGGCUGGUGAACACCGCUGUGGUGAUCUCUGUGUGUUUUCCAACUGUCUGCCCCUUUUUCAUUAUGAGCCGAGACUAUACUCUCCCCAGACGCUGCUUUUCCUGGAUACAAAACACAAAAUCCUGUAGUGUUACUGGGGAUAUAUAAAGUAUGUUUGUGCACAAUGUCGUUUUAUAUUCACUGCAUUUGCUGAAAAAGUCCAUAGAAUACUUAAAAAAAUUUUUUUUAAUGUUUCAUUUAUUUUUGAGAGAGAAAGAACAUGUGAGUGGGGACGGGGCAGAGAGAGAGAGACAGAAUCCAAAGCAGGCUCCAGGCUCUGAGCUGUCAGCACAGAGCCCUAUGUGGGCUCAAACUCAUGAACCACGAGAUCAUGACCUGAGCUGAAGUUGGAUGCUUUACCGACUGAGCCCCCAGGUGCCCCAAAGUCCAUAGAAAUUCUAAGAAGGAACCAGAGGAGUUUCAAAGGUGGACACUGAUGCAUGCCGACGUUUCAUCAAAUGGUUGAGUAUGGGACAUACGUGGACAAAGUGGCGAUGAAUGAAGCAGUUUUGUUUCAUUGUGGUGCCUGGUAUCCUGAAGAUGGCAGUUUAAUCAGUGCUGCUUAAUGGAAAAAGCGGAUUUGGUCUUGACUCCGGAGUGAGAUGGAGUGGUUACCCAGGAGUGUACUCAUGGGCAUAUCAGUCGGAGUGAGUACGAUCGAGUAAUGAGAUCCUGGGAUUUAGGACUUCAGCCUAUCAAUUCAGGGGGAAACAGGUUGGUUCAUAAUAUUCAGCCCUCAAGACCCCCCAAAUUCAUAUCCUCACUGACAAAAUACAUUCACCCCUCCUCCCCGUUCCAGUAGCUCCAAAGUGUAAACUUAUUUUGGAAGCAACUCUAAGUCCCAAAUCUCAUCUAAAUAUCACCUAAGUAGUGUGAUUAAGACUUGAGAUGUGAUUCAUCUUGUGAAAAACCUGUCUUCACCUAUCAACCUAUGAAUGCAGACACAUUCCCUGCUUUCUGAAUACAGUGGUGGGAUGGGGAGAGCAUAGACAAGCAUAGAGAAACUGGAAAGAAGAAAUGUCACCUGUCCCCAGUAAGUAAAAAAUCUAGGAGGGAAAAUUCCCUUAGAUUUCAAAGCCCAGGGUGAUGUUCUUUGUCUGGAAGUGUUGUCCUCCAGGCCUAGCGGGAUGGUGUCCCUGCUGUGCAGCCCCCCCUAGAAUGCCAUUGUCCAGGGGGAGUCCUGUAAGAUGAAUGAUCCUUAAUACUCCGCCUCUCCCCUCCCCCCCCCGUAUCUCCUGCUGUGUAAGGUGUUCCCUUCCCAGGCAUCCAGGUGUCCCUCCUCCUCUACCUCGGAAUGUUCCAUGUCAUUCCCUGUACUUCCGCUUUCUUGUGGCCAUCCCAUAGAAUGAUCCAUGAGGAAUGGGUUGCAGUUGGAGACAUCAGCCUGAAGUCAUGUUGGCUCUGUAUGGACACAAAUCGCCCCCCACACACGUUUCUACCUAUGUGCACACGAGCGGUUCAGCACACACACAUACGUUUUCUUGGUGUUUGAGCUGAGAGGGCGUGAACACAGAGACACCCAGGAGCAGCGAGCAUACCUAGUGUCCAUGCCUUGUUCCAUGACACGGUUCUCCCACAGCAGCAGCCAGGGGCUUCCUGGAGAGACGCUGCAGCCUGGACUAGGACAGGACGUGUAUGAAAUCAGCCUGCAGAGCUGCAGUGCAGUAAGUCAGGACAUGCUAAACAACUCGGUUUCUAAAAAUGGGCUAUGUCAGAGGGACACGGGAGUCACCCGAAAGAGCUCCUCAUGGUCAAACUGGAACACUUUCACUUCAUUUUAUUAUUAUAUUUUAAAAUGUUUAUUUAUUUUGAGAGAGAGAGAACACAUGGGAGCGGGGGAGGGGCAGAGAAAGAGGGAGAAAGACACAAUCCCACGCAGGCUCUGUCCUUUCACUGUAGAGAUCCAUGAAGUGCUCAAUCUCAUGAACAGUGAGAUCAUGACCUGAGCCAACAUCAGGAGUCAGUUGCUUAACUGACUGAGCCACCCAGGUGCCCCUAACUCUUUGAUUUUAAAAAAGAGUAGAAGAAGCAGUAUUGGAUUCUAACUCGGAGUAUAAAACAAAUGUGUAUGAGUCGAAACUGAUAUGAAGAAAUCUCACGAUAAAUAACAGAGAAAUGAGAUCUCCUUUUUAGAAGAAUUUCACAUAAUCUAUGUACAAACUUUAUCCUUAAGAAGGCAGAACAUAACAUUCGUAUCCUAAAUGUCAGUCACACACAGUGACUUCUCUGCAAAUAGUACAGUAUGAAAAGGGGUCGCAUAGGUCUCACCGAGGAGUCCUCAUACACAUGACCUCAUGCAGGGAAUGUAGGUUGAUGUCAACAGUGAUAAGUCAUGUUGGUGGAAUGUACCCUUGAUAUACUGUACUGGAAAUGGCAUAUCAUACCCUCGGUCCUCUUCCCUAAAACAGAACCCCACAAUAAUCAUGAGAAAUUUAUCACAUUCAUCGCAACGGAGGGCCCUUCGGGAUUCCCAACUAGUACUCCUCAAGUCUGUCAGGAUGAUCAAAAAUGAGAAAAAUCUGAUAAAUUGUCACAGCAAAGUGGAAACUCAGGAGAAAUGAGCACUAAACAAGAUUUAGUGUCUGGAUGGUUUCUUGGAACAGAAAAAGGACAUUAGGUAAAGAUUCAGCAAAUGCUCAUAAAGUUUUUACUUUAGUUAAGAAAAAUGCAUUGAUAUUGGUUCAUUAGUUAUCACGAGUGUAGAUACUGAUGUAAGAUAUUAGUCCUCAAUGAAAUUGAGUAUCUGUAGGAAAUCUGUAUCAUCUUUGUAUUUUUGCAUCUAAAGCUGUUCUAAAAUAGUUUAUUAAAAUAACAACAACAACACUGAAACACCACCACAGUUCUCAAUACCUAAUUGAGUGAUCUCUUCGGCUUCGUUGUUCUGUGAUGCCCUUGAGAAUAUGACCAACCAGGAUGUUCUGUGGCUGCUCUUAAAGGGAAAGAAAGACACAUUAUCGCAAGAAAGGGUCAGAGUAGCCCUUGGAGUUUGAAAAUGUUUUCAUGCAACCUCCUGGUUCCUCCAUUAUUCAUUAUCUUGGAGAAGCUGAGAUGAGGUGUGCAUUUCUGGGCAAGACAUUCCAUCGCUGGGAUUUCUGAUCAAGAUGACAGAGGUUAGGGAGGUGGUGUUGGACUACUGGUUCAUUUUUUGGAGCUAGUUUUUUCUGUAAGAGACUUACUGUGCCCAGAAUGCAAAUGCUCCAGAAAGUUUAGGAUAUGACACACGUUAUUUUCAAGAGCACAGGUGGUGUAACUGGUGGCAGCUGACAGGUGGAUUGAAAGUGUCAGCUGCGAUGAGGCACCAGUGUUAAUUGUGGGGCUGGGGGUGUCAGUGGUCCCACACACAGGUCCGGGCCUCAUGAGUCAUAAAAACGGAAGGGUCAACUUUUACCAGGAGUCACAAGUGUGCCAAUCACAGAUACCUCAGUCUCAGUCAGCAGCUUGAUUCUGGGCAAACUGUGUAAAGAACAGGCCUCACCAUGGGCAUCUGAAUGAGUAACCCAGACAAGUAUUUCAGCACUGCAGUUGGUUUCCACGGGUCACACCUCAAGAAAGGCAAGAUGGUCCGUAAUCUGCCAUAGAUUUCCAAGAGGUACACUUAACAGCCAGACCCCUGGCAACAGCUGAGGAAUCUGAGAUGUGGCCAAUGGAGGAAGGAACUGCCUCUGAUUUCAGAUCUGCAGAGCCAGCACUGACACUAACCAGACCCAGUGGCCCACUGGACACCAUGAGGGUGCAGCCUACCUAAACCGUCAGUGAACAGGGACGUGCUUUUAGGACACUUUCUGAUGAUUGUGGCUUCCUAGUGCCAUUGACUUUGGCUAUAGUGUGGAAUUUAAAAUUUCCUCUAAAGGGGUAGGUACCACUGAUUCUUCUCAAGCGGACAUGUUGCUAGGGCCCAUAUGUCUUCAUUUGCGAAUAUGCACUUUCCAUGGGACAUGGAAUUUUGGUGCCCUUCUAACCUUGUCAGAAGGAGAGUCCAUGUUGACACUUCCCAACAUUGGAAUACCACGCCAAGAUACCCCAAGGUUUUUAAGGGUUACUUGACGAGAGCUCACUAACAAGAUAAUCACUAAUUCUAAAAAGUACACCAUAUAGUUAUAGUGCAGAGUGCCCAAGUUCAUACACCCGUGGGGCUUCCCAUGGAGAUUGCCUCCCUUUGUCAGAGGCUCCAACGACUCACAGUGAUGUGUGCUGUCUCUCAUACACCAGGAGUCCAGGAAGGGCUGGGCUUCCUUGUAUGUGAUGGGAAACCAAGGAAACAAGGAUCUUUGCUUCACUCCUGGAGGGACUGAGCACUGUGGAUGUGCCCAGAGUUCCAGUGAACUUCACUGGGAGACCAGGCUCUGAAUUUGGUGGGUUAUGUCAGCCACCCCUACUGGCACAGAGGUGAUAGUGCAUGAGACAGUGCGAUUGAGACUGAGGCCUCUAACUUGCCAACAGAGAACACAUCAUGUAUGUGAUGAAACUUUGCAUUUGGUGGACAUGUCUCCUCCAGCUCCUCUUUGCUGUGACCGUUUAUCAGAUUUUACUCAUUUUUGAGAGUCCUAAUAAAGACAAACCGUGAAGUAUAUGUUACCUGAUAUGAAUAUACUGUGCUGUUUGUUCUAAAUUUCAUAAAAUACACUUUUCAGUUCUCCAAUUCUUAUUUUGACUUUAUUCUUAUUUUUGGCUUUAUUUUUACUUCCUACUUCAAUUCCUGUAGGUUUUGAAAAAGCUUUUAAAAGCAAGUAUACAUUUGACCCCUUUUCUUUGGAAGUGUACACUUAGUAUUUGUUAGGUCUCAGUCUAGAAAGUUCAGUAUGAUUUGAAAAACUAAUCACAGUCUUUUUAGUCUAUGUUUAAACUCCCUCUUGAUAAUGUAAGGACAUUAUGCGUAAGUCUCACAAUAGCUCAUGAUUUUAUUGGUGAUAUGUAUUUUAAAAUUUUACAAACACAGAUACACUAAUACAGUACACAGAUCAACAACACUAUGCACACUGAUCACAUUUCUGUAUGCAGCACAGACAUCAAUGCACAGAUAUCAUCAACCCCCAGAAGCCCUCGUUCGCCGCCCCUCCCUGUCACCACUCAUAAGGGAAACACUGCUGGACCUCUAACUGCAUAGGUUGUUUUGGCCUGUUUUGUAUUUUAUGUAAAGAGGAUUCAUAGAGCAUUAAGUGUGUUGUGUUUGACUUUUAACAUUUCUUACGUUGUUUGGGAUUUUAUGGCUGCAUAUUGCUGUGUGUCAUCCCCUGGCAUUGCUGUGUAGGAUUCCAUGUGAGAGUAUCAAGCAGUUACUCAUUCUGCUGUUAGUGAGUCUAGAGAAACAAGAUUUGAGGAAGAGUUUUCUGAAUUGGUUCUUUGGUUUCUGGAAUUGGCUUUCAAUCUGACUAGAUUUAAAAUUGCUAAAGAGAGAGAUUGGUCAGGAACAUGGCGGUGUAGGAGGACGCUUGGCUCACUGCGUCCUGCUGAUCACUUAGAUUCCACUUACACCUGCCUAAAUAACCCAGAAAACCAUCAGAAGACUAGCAGAACGGAGUCUCUGGAGCCAAGCGCAGACGAGAGGUCCACGGAAGAGGGUAGGAAGGGCGGAGAGGCGAUGCGUGCUACACAGACUGGCGGGAGGGAGCCGGGGUGAAGGGGCGGCCCACCAGCAAAGCACAGCCUCCGAGUUUGGCUGGCAAAAGCAGAGGGGCCGGACAGUGUGUGUUCCAACAAGGAGCAGGACUUAACAUCUGGAGGGUUAUAAGUUAACAGCUCUGCACAGAGAGUGGGAGGGCUGAAGGAAAACAGGAGGGAGAGUUGUUGAGCCCCAGACGAUACAGCGCAGCUUGGCGGGGAACAAAGGAGCUCACCAGCGCCAUCUCCCUCGCCCAUCCCCCAGCCAAAAUCCCAAAGGGAACUGGUUCCUGCCAGGGAACUUGCUUGCACCACGCAAAUACCCAACGCUGUGCUUCUGCGGAUCCCUCCCUCUGGUGGUGGGUCUGACUCCCUCCCCGUGCUGCAGGGCCCCUCCCAAAGUGGUUCACCAAAGGAAAAGCGAGCUGAGCCUGCCCCUCCCGCGCCGUGCACCUUGCCGAUCCACCCCAGCUAAUAAGCCAGAUCCCCAGCACCACAAGCCUGGCAGUGUGCAAGUAGCCCAGACGGGCCACGCCACCCCAGCGGUGAAUCCCACUCUUAGGAGAGGGGAAGAGAAGGUACACACCAGUCUGUCUGUGGCCCCAGCAGUGGGCUGGGGGCAGACAUCACGUCUGACUGCGGCCUCGCCCACCAACACAAGUUAUUCAAGACAGCACAGGGGAAGUACCCCGCAAUUCCGCACCACUCCAGGGACUAUCCAAACUGAUGAAAUGGAAGAAUUCCCCUCAAAAGAAUCUCCAGGAAAUAACAACAGCUAACAAACUGAUCAAAAAGGAUUUAAACAAUAUAACAGAAAGUGAAUUUAGAAUAAUAGUCGUAAAAUUAAUCGCUGGGCUUGAAAACAGUAUAGAGGACAGCAGAGAAUCUCUUGCUACAGAGAUCAAGGGACUAAGGAACAGUCAGGAGGAGCUAAAAAAUGCUAUAAAUGAACUGCAAAAUAAAAUGGAGACGACCACGGCUCGGAUUGAAGAGGCAGAGGAGAGAAUAGGUGAACUAGAAGAUAAAAUUAUGGAAAAAGAGGAAGCUGAGAAAAAGAUUUAAAAAAUC